AUGUUCAAACUUCCAUCAAUCGGGAUAUCAAAUAAACACGAGCCUUUGUUUGCUGGGAUACCACGCUUUCGGUACCAUGAUCUCAAAGGAAAGGAGGAGAUAGGCAGUGGCGGCUUUGGGAAAGUCUUGAAGUGUUGUCAUUCUAAUGAAACUGUGGCUGUUAAAGUAUCACAUGAAGAGGAUGAUUAUUCCAUGCGGAACAUGGCAAAGGAGGCACGACUUCUUCAUGGACUUCGUAGUCCUCACAUUGCCAAUUUCAGAUCAGUGUGCCUUGAUCCACCUUCCAUAAUGCUGGACUUCGAAUGUUUCAGUUUUCGUCCUUUCGGUAUUGAUAGGGAAUUCUAUAACCUCAAAGAGUAUCUGAGUUUUCUGAACAAAUUAGAUGACGCGUCGUUCUUCUUCGAAUUCCUUCCCAAUACUUUGGACGACAUUGUGCAAGGCCUCGGUUAUCUUUAUGGAAAGGGAGUGGCCCAUCGGGAUUUGAAGCCCCAUAACAUUCUAGUUUCGAACCAAAACUAUGCUCAUGUUCGAGCGGAUGACCCUGGGUUCGCGCGUGUCUUUAAAGAUCGACCAAUAACAUGCAAAUUGACCGAUUUUGGAGAGAGUCGGUCAGACUUAAUUCAGACUCGAACACUUGCAAAUGCGAACACACGCACUGUUGAUAGAGGUACGAAUCCGUACCUUGCUCCAGAGGCAAUAGUGCCAAGUCUAAUGCUGAAAUCUGCAACAUCGGCUGAUCUCUUCAAAAUCGACAUUUGGGCACUCGGCAUGACCAUAUUCGGCAUUCUUAACCCAGGUCUCCCAUUCCCGUUUCGCGAAGAAUUCGAGGCUUUGCCGAAAGCAAAAGAUGUUAGGGCUGACCCAACUGAGCAAUUUAAGCAACACAUCAUAAAUAAGCUUGAGAAAGGACAACGGCCCUCACCAUCGAUGAAGUAUGCGAACCUCCAAAAUACAGACUGGAGCAGUAUAAGGAAAAUAUACAGGAUGUGCACACUACAAAGCCCAGCAGCACGGCCGCUUGUUCAGGAUAUAAUUCAGAUGGUUCAGAACACAAGGUAA